GUGUGCAAAGUCACAUGACAUGACAGCCAAAAGUUCCGUUCAAGGAAGUAGUGGAGCAGAGAGCAGACAAGUGAUGGCUGAGUGCAGUUAUCUUUAAAUGAACUCUCUGGAAAUGUCAGAGUUUGUGUCAGGAUCCUACAAGGUAGAAUGGCGCUGUCACUGCCACCAGCUGUUCUUCUGAUUCUUGUUUACCUGACAACAAGAGUGACUCUCUCUGCAGACAGCAACGAAUGUGUUGCCAGAAACUUUGGUCAUGACUCUGUGGUGUGUGAGUGUAAUGCCACUUACUGUGACAGUGUUGGUUCAGCCUCCCUUCCUCCACCGGGACAGUUCUCCUCCUACCUGAGCAGCAUGGCAGGCAGCAGACUGGAACCAGACCCGGGUCAGGUGCAGGUGAACAGCAGCGGCGCAGGCCUCAGGUUGACUAUCGUUCCCUACCAGAAAUACCAGAAGAUCAGGGGAUUUGGUGGAGCCAUGACUGACGCAGCAGCUGUCAACAUCCUGUCCCUCUCUGCUGCUGCUCAGGACCAGCUGUUAAGACAGUAUUUUUCCAGUGAAGGUAUCGGCUACAGCGUUGUGCGUGUCCCCAUCGCCAGCUGUGACUUCUCCACCCGUCUGUAUACCUACGCUGACACACCUGGAGACUACAACCUACAUAACUUCUCUCUGGCCCUGGAGGACACUAACAUGAAGAUCCCUCUCCUGCAGAAAGCUCAGGCCAUGUCUCCUCACCCUCUGUCUCUGUUGGCCAGUGCCUGGAGCGCCCCCGCCUGGAUGAAGACCAAUGGUGCACUCAUAGGGAAGGGCUCCCUGAAGGGCCGGCCUGGUGGCAAGGAGUAUAAAACCUGGGCUCAGUACUACAUCAGGUUCCUCGAGGAAUAUGCUAAAUAUAACCUGACCUUCUGGGCUGUGACCACGGGGAAUGAGCCCUCUGCAGGAAUGAUGACAAACUACAGUUUCCAGGCCCUGGGCUUCAAGCCUGAGGAGCAGCGGGACUGGGUGGCCCUGGACCUGGGCCCGGCCCUGCAUGCUUCGUCAUUCCCAAACACUCACGUCCUCAUACUGGAUGACAACCGUGUGCUGUUGUCUCACUGGGCUAAAGUGGUCCUAAGUGAUAUUCAUGCAGGAAGGUACAUUCAUGGUGUGGCGGUCCACUGGUACAUGGACAAACUCAUCCCAGCAGAGAUAAGCCUGGGAGCCACCCAUCAUCUAUAUCCAGAGUAUUACCUGUUUGGCACAGAGGCAUGUGCUGGUUGGAGCCCGCUAGACCGAGGGGUGAAGCUGGGCAGCUGGGCCAGAGCUGAGCAGUACGCACAUGACAUUUUAGAGGACCUGAAUCAUUACGUGGUGGGCUGGACCGACUGGAACCUGGCUUUGGACCAGACUGGUGGGCCAAACUGGGUUAAAAACUUUGUGGACAGCCCCGUCAUAGUGGACGCAAAGCGCGACGUCUUCUACAAGCAGCCAACUUUCUAUAGCAUGGCCCAUUUCAGCAAGUUCCUGUGGGAGGGGUCUCAGAGAGUCGGGGUGUCUGCAAGUCACAAAACAGACCUGGAAUACUCUGCCUUCAUUAGACCUGAUGGAUCAGUAGUUCUGAUCGUACUCAACAGGUCAUCGUCAGUGAUCCAGUUUGAUGUCUGGGAUCCUGCCGUGGGUUUCAUCACCUCCACUGCUCCGGCUCAUUCGUUGCUCACACUUGCAUGGAAUACGCACUGAUAAUAAAUUCAAGGUCAGAUUUUAAUUUGCAUUUCACGACCCAUAAGUCACCUCAUAAGGAUUGAACAUGCAUUUCAACAAUUCUUUACUGACAGAGUAACUACACGACUUCUCUGUUGACACCAGUCAGCUCAAAUAAACUCUCUUAUUUCAAAUUAACGACUGUAAUUGUUUUUUGAGCUGCUUUGCUUUUAAGAUUUUAUUGUUUUUGUUUGUUAAUUAUUUAAAAUAACCACAAUUCAUUUCAUGUACAUGUCUCAAGUGUUUUCUGUGCACCAGUUCAUAUGAAACUGAUCACCUGAACUGAUGCGUUGAUGUCCUGGUAAUAAGAUGCUUAAAUGUCCUCAUGUCAAAUCACUGAAGUUGUGUGGAUGAUUUACAGUUUGUAACUGCCUUCUGUUGAUGCUAUUAAAUAUUAAAAUUUGAAAGCAAAAAAUAUUUCCUGUCAUAUGGAGUUUGCAUAUGUGAGAACAUAUAGAGAACAUAUAGAGUGACCCUCAUGUG